AUCACAGAGAACAAAAUUUUAUUUCGAUCUUUCUCUUUUAAAAAUUUGAUCUAAUGUCCCAAGCCAAAAUUAACGUUUACUUUUUUACCAAUGGCCAACCGUUCAAACCUCCGCACAAAGUUGUCAUCGAACGCAAGCAGCUGGAACAAAACCAGAUCGUUGAACGGAUUAAUCGGUUGCACUAUUACAAUGGUUAUGUCGUCUACUCGUUGUUCGGAGAGGUUCUUCGUUCGAUUCAGGAAAUUCAUGAUGAGUCGGCUUUUGUUGCGGUCCCAAGUGAUCAGUGUUUCCAGCCAGGACCAUACGUGAAGGUGUUCCGGGAUUACAUCAAUGCCAAAUUACCUCCUGCGUACGAGAGUAAAAAAUCGAAAAAGCCUAAGAAACCCAUUACCAAGCCACUAGGAACAAGCUACGGCUGCAAGGCACCUCUUCUAAGAAUUAAGAAAGAUGUGCGGUUUUGUCCCGGAUGUCGUCACAUUGCGGUGGAUACACGAUGCCAAGAAUUCGCAGGUAAACAGCCUCGGGGAAAGCAGGAUGUUUGUGUAUGUAAAAAUGUAGAUUUGCACGGAGAAUGUGUCCCCAUGCCGGUGCGGCCAAAGCGUAAAAUAAAACGAAAGCCGAAACAGAAUGGUUUGAGUAGUUGUUUCCGCAAAAAGAAUAAGAAGCAAGAGUAUGUCGUUCGGAUGCGGAAGCGCGAUUUAGUGAGGAUGGAACAGAUGAAGGCGAGAAAGGAGCAAAGGCCCAGAAGUAGGCAAGGUUCGGCAUGCUGUGGAAGUAAACCUUCCCGGAAAAAGUAUUUGAAAAAGGCACGCGAGAAGAUGAUCAAACAACGAGCCCAGAGGAUAAAGAUGGAAGAAAAUCGGAGAAUUAAAGAGCAGAGAUCUAUUCAAAAUCGUAUUAAGCGUCGUCGAAUGAGGAGAAAGUGUGCAAGUUGGUUUUCCCCAUGUUGCGUAAGGAAGCCAGAACCUAUCUGGAGACAGCCGACGCCCCAUAACUGUGUGGAACAUUUGAAGCAGGCACGUGAUCACGCAAUUCGGCGGCGAAGAGCGCUUCAAAUCCCCGAACAAACAUCCUGGGAAAGCGUAACUUUUCCACCGAAGUUCAAAAAGAAGAUUCGGGGCACUCAGACUACCAAGGCAGACCUGAAGAAGGCUCGUAAAGCUUCUGCAUCGGGUUGGAGUUGUUUCGGAAGCAAGAAGAAGAAGAAGAAGGUUGUUGCAGAUGCGGAAGCUGUAGAGCAACCUGUUUGUUGA